AUGACAAUUAGAUCAUACACGCUACCAACAAAACCAAUCCUUCGCUUUCUUCAAUCAUCAUCACAGUCAUUAACGGCUUUUAUAUAUGUAGAUGGAACCAUUGAGAUUCAUCCAUCCAAGGCUUCAACCGGCCCUCCUUUACGUAUAGAUGAUGAUCCAACUUUUCUUUUACUCUUAGAUGUUCCCCAUAAUUCAAAUGAACCAACAACUUCUUUAGUGGUAACUUUCCAUAUUCACCUAAAAGAGCGUGCUGGAAGUUUCGAAGUUCGAGCAUACGAAUUUUUACCGAAUUUGGAAAACUCUAAUGGAGGAUCGGCUUUUGGAUUGAUACCAAUCGUUUUGCAAGUUGGUGAAGAAAGAUUGGUAAAGGAUUUUAAGAGUUCUUUAAAAAACAAGCAAGUAUCAAAUUUUUUUUUUUAUUCGUUGACCGCUUCUGUCGCAUCAUGUCCAAAAUAUAUUACAGGUUAUGGUCAAAGAGUUGUAAUGUUGUGUGAAUCGAAUGAAAUUAUUUUAUGGAAUUUGAAAAAGCAUUGGGAUAGUUCUCUUCGUUUUGAAUGGCAUAGUACAAUCUCUCUUCCAAAUUCAUAUCCAGUAACAAGCCUUUGCGUUACGCAGAGUUUUAUUUUUUUUAGUUCCACCAAUUUCAAAUCAAAAUUAGAUGAAGAAUGCUUAUGCGUGAUUACAAUUAAAAAACUAUUGGCAGGCAAAUUUUGUGGGUGCUAUCAUCGUGAAGAUAAUUUUAUAAAUAACAAAAUUUUUGAAACUGAAAUAGAUGAAAAUGAAGAAGACAGAAUUGGUAAUGGUAACACAGAAAAGGGUGAUAAGAAAGGGGUGAAUACUAUACAAAUGCGGGCGCAAGCUCCAAGGCUUGGAUGCUUGAGUGAAUGUGGUCAUUUAUGCCUUAUACCAUUAAAUAACAUUGUAUGGAAAAAUAAUAUCAAUGAAGCUACAAUAUAUGACACGAUUCUUCUUUAUACAACUCUUCCCACCCUAUUCAUCUUAUCUGCAUGCAUCAAAACAAUUAUAUUACCAAUUUCAAGUAAAUCACGUAAGACUUCAUUAGAUGAUGCACUUUCUGAAACAAAAUAUCAUACUGUGUUCUCGUGCUUUCCGUUAAAAGAUUUUCCAAUUCCAAAUUCAACCGGUGUAAAUUUGGUAAAGAAAAGUAGUAGCAUUAAUGAUACUGGAAAUGUUGAAUGGGGGAGUAUUUUAGUCGGGCGAAAUGGGCCGUCUGUUGUGGUGAUUGAAAACCCUUCUGAUAAAUAUAGCGUUAAUAUAGGGGAACAAGACACACAAAUUUUAUCUCAGCAAAGUGGUGAGAUGUUAAUGGCUAGUUGGGCGAGCAUGCCAUUUGAUGCUACAGAUGGAAGUCAUAGUACAGUUUAUAUUGUGGCCGUAGAUCAAGAUGAUAUGCGAGGUUUAAAUUUUCAAAAUGAUUUUAUAUCAUCACUUGCAUUAACUGGAACUCGUGGAAAUAAGGAAAAAGAAUGUGAAAAUGACUCUAUUUCUGCGUUUAACGAUAUCUCAUUUAAAACCAUUGGCGAUACUACACUACUAUGGCAUGUUAUCUCUUGUCGUUUGAUACGAGCAAUUUUUGCAACUUCUCACAUAAUGGAUGUGUGUGCACAGGGUACUGAUAUUAUAAUUGUUGCCGGAAGUAGAGAAACUACAUUAUACAUCGGUAAAUGGUGUGGAUAA